UGGCUACAACGUCAUGGGGGGCUGUGCGGUGUCUAAUGGGACGGGCUAGCCUCGAGGACUGUCUGUUAUAUUAACGGGUUAAAUGUCUGUUAGCUCCAUGAAUGCUGUCAGAGGUGGAAAGUGUAUUUUUCCACAUCAGGUACCAGCCUCCAGACUACAGAGAGAUGCUGGGUGUCCCUACACGUCAGCAGCUCCGCGGACAACAACGAUAGCAUUCAUCCAUUAAUAUCCACCGCAGAGAGCUAACGGCUAAAACUCAACCGUUAUAACAGCAGCUCAGCAGCGAUGGCUGUGAAGUCGAGGAGACCGUGGACGGCGGUGAUUUUCGGCGUGUUUCUCGGGUUCACCGUGUCCUCCUGGCUCAUCGUGCCUCAGGUUCUGGAGAGGAGUAAAGGGAAGAAAUCUCCCUCCAUGUGUUUGUACCAUAGUGACGGUAAAAGUCCCGCUAUGCUCGGGAUAAGAGAACAGGACCGCCCGCAGCAGCUCAACCAGGAGGAGGAGGCAGUCAGGACAUCGAGUACAGCCGGGAACAGCAGCAGUAGUACCGGCGACAGACCCAUCACUAGACCCCCCCGGCAUCUCCUCUUUGUCGGCGUCAUGACAGCCAAGAAGUACCUGCGGUCCCGAGCCGUGGCCGCCUACAACACCUGGUCCAGCUCCAUACCGGGGAAAGUGGAGUUCUUCUCCAGCUCCGGGUCCGGUUCCAUCCACGUCCCGGUCCCGGUACCGGUGGUGUCGCUGGCGGAUGUGGACGACUCGUACCCGCCGCAGAAGAAGUCCUUCAUGAUGCUGAAGUACAUCCACGACCACUACCUGGAUCAGUACGAGUGGUUCAUGAGGGCAGAUGAUGAUGUUUAUAUAAGAGGUGAGAAGCUGGAGUUGUUCCUGCGCUCGCUGAACAGCAGCAAGCCCCUCUACCUGGGCCAGACGGGCCUGGGCAUGGCUGAGGAGCUGGGCAGACUGGCCCUGGAGCCCGGGGAGAACUUCUGUAUGGGAGGCCCUGGGAUGAUCUUCAGUAGAGAGGUUCUACGCAGGAUGGUCCCUCACAUCAGCACCUGUCUGAGGGAGAUGUACACCACUCACGAGGAUGUGGAAGUGGGUCGCUGUGUACGACGCUUUGGAGGAACACAGUGUGUGUGGUCGUAUGAGAUGCAGCAGCUCUUCUACGAGAACUACGAACACAACAAGAAAGGUUUCAUCGAAGAACUCCACAGUAGCAAGAUCCACAACGCCAUUACACUUCACCCCAACAAGAAGCCCGCCUACCAGUACCGGCUCCACAGCUUCAUGCUGAGCCGCGAGAUCUCCAGACUCUGUUACCGCACCAUCCUGCUCCACCGUGAAGGCCUGGUUAUGAGUUACCUCAGUGAUACCGAAGUACUGUGGGAGGACCAGCAGCUGGGAUCCCCACCUUCCUACAUGCGCUACAAGCCCAGCGAGAGAAAUGAUGUCAUCGAAUGGGAUUUCCUCACCGGCCGCCAUAUUUAUUCUGCCGCCGAGAACAAGAUCGCCCGGCAAAGCCUCGGGAACUUGCUCCGGACUGCACUGGAAGACAUUAUACUCCAGGUCAUGGAGAUGAUUAAUGAGAAUUCGAAAACACGUGGCCGUGUAAUUGACUUUAAAGAGAUUCAGUAUGGCUACUACAGGGUGGAUCCAAUGCACGGCGCCGAAUACAUCAUAGACUUACUGCUUCUGUACAAGAAACACAAGGGACGCAAAAUCACAGUUCCCGUUAGGCGGCACGCUUACCUUCAGCAAUCCUUCAGCCGACCCUUCUUUACUGAAACUGAAGAGCUUGACGUGGCUGAACUCGUGGCUGCCAUCAACUCUGAAUCCCAAUCCCUGUCUUUCCUGUCCAACUCUCUGAAGUUCCUGUCCCCUUUCCAGGUCUAUGAAUCAAACAGGGAAAUGUGGGAGCAAAGCCAGAGAAAAGUCAACAUCCUUGUCCCAUUAUCCGGUCGCUAUGACGUCUUUGUCCGCUUUAUGGAAAACUUUGAGAAAGUGUGUUUGAUACCUAAACAAAAUGUUAAGCUCUCAAUCAUCCUGGUGGACAGCGAGAGCAAUCAGAGCAGUGGAAAACACGCUCAGUUAAUCAAAGACUACUACAGGAAGUAUCCCAAAGCUGACCUGUCCAUAAUCCCCAUGACGGGCAAUUUCUCACGAGGACUGGCUCUCGAGCUGGGCUCCUCGCAGCUUGACAACGACUCUCUACUCUUCUUCUGUGACAUCGAUCUCAUCUUUAACGGCGAUGCCUUGCAGCGUUGCAGAGACAACGCCGUCCAAGGGAGACAAGUCUAUUUCCCUGUUGUUUUUAGUCAGUACAACCCCAAGAUAGUGUAUUCCGAGAAGGCCCCGAGAGAAAACAAAUUUGUGCUGACCAAAAAAAGUGGUUUCUGGCGAGAUUAUGGAUUUGGAAUCACUUGCGUUUUCAAGAGUGAUUUAAUAAGAGCUGGAGGUUUUGACACCUCGAUCUUAGGCUGGGGAUUGGAAGACGUAGACUUGUUCACAAAAGUUGUCAAUUCUGGUUUAAAUGUGCUACGCAGUCAAGAACCAGGAAUUAUCCACAUUCAUCAUCCUGUCCACUGCAACGCAAGUCUCGAGCAGAAGCAAUACAAAAUGUGCCUUGGGUCAAGAGCAAGUACGUUUGCGUCAACGAUACAGUUAGCAGAGUUGUGGCUGGAGAAACACAUAGAGGCAGGUUAUAACAGAACUUCAUCCUGACAUCCCAGCCCUCCUGUACUCAUAUACGUCUAAGUUUACCUCAGUUCUGCUUGAAUGCAGACAGCGAUGGACUGUGUGUGUGACUGUGGAUCACAGGUCUUUGUAGGCUGGAAAAUUUGAUCAAGAAAGGACCCAAAACCAGAGAUGGCCCUAACCAAUUAAGACCACACAUGACCCAAACUGACCUGACAGCAGGUAGACCCGACCUCGAAGGGAUCCAGAGGAAACGGUACACGAACAGAACCGAGUCGAGGAUUGCUGGACCCAAAACAACAAAAAAAGUAUCUGCUACCAUAUCCAGUUCCAAACCAGCUAGGGAAACCACUGACUAAAUAUAAAUUGGCUGUUAGUUGGUACAUUGGAUAUUGUACAGUUCAUUACAGUUUUAUGGAUUUAUUGACGUAUUAUUACGCUGCCAAAUAGCUUUGGGGAGUCCCGAGCUUUUUAAAUGAUCCAAAGAACAAGCUAUAUCAGCCUGUCAGGUGAUUUCACGUAAUAUAUUUAUAUAUAGAACACCUAAGGAAUCCAUUGGUACCAAUCAUGUCAUACCAGCUUAUCGCGAAGGAGGCUAAAUAACGCUCCAAACUUGCGCUAAAUCUUGGCGAGGAAAAAAUG